UGCCACGUCAUCCAGAAGGGCUCCUGCCAGCAGGAAACAGCCCCACUGUGGAGCUCAGCGAUGGAGCCCAGCCUCACGCAGAGCUAGUACAACUCCCCGGUCGCUACAGGACGUUACCUCAGUGUGGGAAUCCAACCGGACCAUCUGUUCUCCUGCGCUUCACUGGAGAGAUUGUGGAAUGCUGCUGGACGAGACUCCGCUUUUUGAGCCCUCUCUGCUUCAGGAUCUUGACUGGAGUAGCAACACGGUCUCCUUCUCUCCCUCCAUCUCCCCGUCCAGCCCAGGAGAAGGCCUGGUGCUCAGGCCGCUCUGUACGGCAGACUUCAACCGGGGAUUCUAUAAGGUUUUAUCUGAACUCACCCAGACAGGCGAUGUCACACCAGAGCAGUUCACGAAAAAGUUUGAGCAUAUGAAGAGGACAGGGGACUACUACGUCGUCGUGGUGGAGGACACAAAUGUGGAACAGAUUGUUGCCACGGCUACAUUGAUCACAGAACACAAAUUCAUCCACUCCUGUGCCAAGAGAGGCCGGGUGGAGGAGGUGGUAGUCAGUGACGUGUGCAGAGGGAAGCAGCUGGGCAAACUGUUAGUUUCAACUCUUACUCUUCUCAGUAAAAAACUGAAUUGCUACAAAAUCACACUGGAAUGUGCACCCAAAAACGUGGCUUUUUACCAAAAGUUUGGCUACACCGCCUCAGAUGAGACUUACAUGCAGUGUCGAUUCUCCGACUGAAGACCACAGCAGCUUUAAACCUCCGUUUUAGGGGCAUGGACCACACCUUUAUACACCCACUGACAUCAGAACUUAACAUUGUAACAAAGUGUCUUAAUAAUUGGAAGAACUUGCCUAAGAAUGAGUUUUUGGUUGUGACAGUCGAGUCAUUUCUCGACUCAUCUUGAUU